GUAUUUUCUUUUACGAAGAACGCGGAAAAAAAGAGCAAAUUUUUUUUAAUUUUCAAAAAGAGAACAAUUAUAUUCACGCGCGUUAAUUUGUCGCAUGUUUGUCACUCUUCUCGAGAAUGGUCUUACGGAUUUGUACAGACAAUAAGACACGAUUGAUUUGAGCGUUACUUCAAUGCAACUACGUAUAUUUACGAAAAAAUUGCGGAUUAUAGUCUGCAUCUUGUCUCAGGAGUCUCGAGCAUCCCCCCGAAGGGUGUACAACUGAUCAAAUAAGUGUCAAUUUAGCACUGGAUACCCAUUAUGUAAUUUCCCGCAAAAUCAAAUCUCAUCAAUUUUUGCUUCUCCGUUGCCGUUUUAGCGCGAUAAUAAACGGAAAAGACGAUUUCGCGAUCGGAAUAAAUUUCGAACAAUUGCAUAACAGCCGGAACAGGCGUAACUGAUGGAAAUGACACACCUCGCGGUCACAAAAAUACACGGCAGUCUUGUCGCGAGAAGAUGAGCGAACGAUUUGCCGGAAGCUGGAGAUCGGUUGUCUCACGGAAGGACGCGCAGCUUAUUUCCAAAAAUUAUGAAAACCGCCUGGAACCAUUAUUACUACGUCGUUCGUAAAAUAUCCUCGUUCACCGGUAUGUGGCCGUAUCUGAAACCGAGAACAAGAAUAUUUCGCGUCGUUCUUUUGACCAUGAUCGUGCUGACCAUAUUCGUCCCGCAGAUAGCGUAUCAGUACGCGUGCAAGAACUUGGACUGCGCUUUUGAAUCAAUGACGUCGUAUCUACUGUCGAGCAUAGCCACGCUGAAGGUGUACACGUUUCAAUUAAACAUCCGUGCAAUGAAGAACUUCACCCGACACCUGCUCAACGACUGGACGAAGCUGAAGACCUCGGAGGAAUGCGAGAUCGUCAGGUCGUACGCCGAGAACAGCAGACGAUUCUCUUUGAUAUAUUCCUGUAAGAGCUCGCGCGAAGACGAGACACAUACUGUGUCGCGUUUGCUCGCAUUGGAUCUUCUUCCAAAGUGUGUUCCAGUAUAUUGCUUCUCAGCGGUGUUCCUCUUCAUGUCGAUGUCUCUGAUACCGUUCGUCCUCGACAUCGUGCUGCCUCUCAACGGAUCACGACCUCUGCUACCGCCGUAUCCGGGCUACUACUUCGUAGACAUUCGGGACUACUUCACACUGAUUUUCUCGCACUCUGUCGUGGCUUGGGAGGUCCUCAUGGCCGGGAUUGUCGCGCACGAUUGCAUGUUCGUGUGUUACGUCGAACACAUUUGCAGCAUGUUCGCCAUUGUCGGAUUUCGUUUCGAACAUUUAUUUCCUGAUAAGAAUAACGAGGUGGAAAUUGCAAGCUGCGAAUCGAACGAUAAGUGUCAGAAAAGAGUCGCGUUUCUUAUUCACACUCAUCGAGAAGCUUUACAGUCCGCGAAACUUCUUGAGAAUAUCUUCACCGUGCCUUUUGCAGUGCAAAUAUUGAUGGUAACGUUAGGAAUGAGCGUUACGUUGUUACAAAUUGCGAAGCAGAACAGCGACGUCUUGGAAUCAACGAGAUACUUGCUUUACACCAUUGGCCAACUAAUUCACUUAUUUUUUCUCAGUUUCGAAGGACAGAAGCUGAUAGAUCAUAGCCUUCAAAUGCGCGACAGAAUGUAAAAGAUACUCGCUCUUGAUUAAACACAAAGAAAGAAAUAUCUACUCUGUGCACACACACACGUACACGUUAUUUUUUUUAAAGCGUUCGCUUGAUCCGCAGCUUUGCGACAUUGCAGAUAUCAUAGCUUUUGGUACAACGGAUCCGUAAGAACGCAGAAGCUUAUCAUACUGGCGAUGAUGAAGAGUCUUCAGCCGAGUUCGUUGAGCGCCGGCAAGAUUUACAUUUUUUCUCUAGAAAGCUUCACCACGGUUUUGCAAACUUCGAUGUCGUACGUCACGGUACUUGCGUCCUAUCAGUAGCUCACGUUGUUCUCGCAUGUUCCGACAAUUGCGCGACGAUGUCCCAUCACGAGCAAUUCUGUAUCAUUUUU